GACUAACGGGAUUCCGAACUACAACUUCCGACUUGCUUCCUAACUGUGUUGGCGGCGCUGUGGAAAAAGCGUCAGAGAAGAAAGGCGGACCCCGCCCUUCCCUCCCUCCCUCCCUCCCUCGCCCAGUUCCGCUCGCUUGGAAAAGCGGCCACAGGAGCGCGGGGCGGAGCCUGAAGCCCGGACCAAGAUGGCGGCGGCGAAGCCAGUCCCCACGGACUCGCUUUCCUUUUGCCUCGCGCAGCUCACGGCGGCCGCCGGGGAGUGUCUCGUUGCGGGAAAGGACACAACCACCAACGAGACGCCCUUGGGCCGUGCGCUCCUAGCCCUCCGCAAGCGCCACGUCAAGGCCAAGGGGGGAAUCGAACGCUUCCGGGCGCGCGGCGGGCUCCGCCCCCUUCUCGCGCUGCUACGGCGAGCGGCGGAAGCGGCGCCCGCCCCAUUCCCAGCGAGUUCCGGCUCCGCCCCCUCGCUCGAAGUCGAGGCUCCUCCCGGCGGCCCCGCCUCCUCGUCCGGCCCCGCCCCGUCCGCCGCGUCUUCGUCUCCAUCGCGCCUGCGCAAGACGCUGGACUCGGCGCUUAGCAUCCUAGCCAACUGCUGUACGGAAGGGGCGUGCAGGACUGAAGUGCGCAGACUCGGAGGUAUUCUCUCUCUGGUGACUGUUCUUCAAUGUAUGAAGACAGACAGCAUCCAGAACAGAACAGCCCGUGCUCUGGGAAACUUAGCCAAGGAACCUGAAAGCUGUGGGAUCAUCCAUUCUGCAGGUGCUGUUCCUCUGCUUGUUGAAAGCCUAACAGCCUGUCAGGACUCAGAUUGCCUGCAAAGUGUGGUUCGCGCCCUCCGAAACUUGGCAGAUUCUCCCCAGCACCGCCUGGCUCUAGCACAACAGGGAGCUGUGCGCCCACUAGCUGAACUUCUGGCCACGGCCCCAAAUCCUGCUCUGACCGUGGCUCUAGUUCGUGCUCUUUUGGAGUUGAGUCGAAACUGCUCCCGGGCUUGUGCUGAGCAGCUAAGUCUAGGUGGGGGGCUAGGCCCAUUAGUCAGUCUAGCCUCUGAUCCUAAAAGGACAGUCCGUGAGACUGCCAUCUUGGUCCUUGCCAACCUUUGUUCCCAGGGCCUGGUUCGGCCUGCACUGGGCAAUGCUGGUGGUGUGGAAGUGCUACUAGAUGAACUUCGACGGCGCCGGGGCCCCAAUGGGACUACUAUAGCCUCUCAGCAACCCUUGGUGCGGGCUGUGUGCCUGUUGUGCCGAGAAGCUAUUAACCGGGCCCGACUUCGGGAAGCCGGUGGUUUAGAGCUGCUAAUGGGCCUGCUGCGGGAUGCUCGGGCUAGCUCCUGGCACCCUCGUGUUGUGGCUGCCCUUGUGGGCUUCCUCUAUGAUACUGCAUCCCUGACUCGGCUUCAGGCUCUGGGACUUGUACCUCUUUUGGCUGGGCAGCUGUGUGGUGAGGCUGGCGAUGAGGAAGAAGAGGGGAGAGAAGCUGCUUCCUGGGAUUUUCCUGAGGAGCGGACCCCUGAACGGCCAGAGGCUGGAAGCUUAAGAAGCCUCAGGUCAUGGCUGAUUUCUGAGGGCUAUGCUGCAGGCCCAGGAGACAUUUCUCCCGACCGGUCCCCUGAACACUGUCCACUGCCUGAACCAACUGAGCCAACCAGCCCUAUGCCAGGCCUAGCCACACUGAGGAUGCCUCGCACACUGCGCACGCCAGACCGCAGCCCUGCCACCUUUGAGGAGCCCUGGGGACAUGAAGGGCCAGCACUUUUGUUACUAUCACGCUUCUCCCAGGCUCCUGAUCCUAGUGGGGCCUUGGUGACAGGCCCGGCCUUGUGUGGCCUGCUGGCCUAUGUGACAGGUGCACCAGGCCCACCGAGCCCACGUGCCUUGCGCAUCCUAACUCGCCUCACUUGCAACCCUGCCUGCCUUGAGGCCUUCGUGCGUAGCUAUGGUGCAGCAUUGCUGCGUGCCUGGCUUGUGCUUGGGGUCUCCCCAGAUGACUGGCCAGCAACACGGGCCCGGCUCACUCAUCAAAGCCAGCACCGGGAACUGGGUGAGAUGCUGCUUCAGAACCUGACUGUGCAGGCUGAAUCCCCUUAUGGAACAGGUGCCCUCACUCACCUGCUGCUCUCUGGAAGCUCUGAGGACCGAGUGGCCUGUGCACUCACACUGCCCUUCAUCUGUCGGAAGCCCUCUCUUUGGCGACGGCUACUUUUGGACCAAGGUGGCCUCCGUGUCCUCCUGGCAGCACUGACUCGACCAGCUCCACAUCCGCUGUUCUUCUUUUUUGCUGCAGACUCCCUUUCCUGCCUUCAAAGUCUUUUGUCUCCCACUGUGAACCCAGUCUUCCCAACUGCAGUCGCCAUGGACCAAGACCCACUUUCCCCCUGUCUCUACGAAUCUCUGCUGGGCCCAGCUCCCAGCCCAGCCCCUGACCUGCAUUUCCUACUGGACUCUGGCCUACAGCUCCCUGCUCAGAGAGCUGCUUCAGCUACUGCCUCCCCUUUCUUUCGGGCCCUGCUGGCUGGAAGCUUUGCAGAAGCCCAGAUGGACCUGGUGCCCCUUCGAAGCCUGUCACCAAGUGCAGCUCGGCCUAUCCUGCAUCACUUACAUGGCUGCCGGGGCUGUGGGGCUGCCCUGGGCCCUAUCCCUCCACUAGGCCAGCCCCUCCUGGGCUCAGAGGCUGAGGAGGCACUAGAAGCUGCAGGGCGUUUCCUGCUACCUGGGCUAGAGGAGGAGUUGGAAGAGGCCGUGAGCUGUAUCCACUUGGGACCCCAAGGUGGCCCACAGUCUGUGGGUGAAGUGUUUCGCUUGGGCCGUCCCCGACUGACUACUCUCUGUGUCCGUUGGACCUUGUGGUCUGGGCAAUGCCCACGUAAGCGGGCCCUAGCCCUCAUGGGGCUUGUGGAAGCUUCAGGCAAAGAGACAGAACCCCUGACAGAAGCUUUACUGGCUGUUAUAAUGGGGGUUGACUUGGAUGGCAAGGGUCCUGGUCUAGACUGUUGAUGUCCUCUGGGAUCCAAGGAUGAAUUGGCUUUCAAGGAAGCUUUCCCCACUGUGGCAAGGAAGGCUGAUCAGAAUGAAUGACUACUAGAGUCACAACUACUACAAUGAGAACUGGAUGGAUGAGAUACUGGAUCAAUGAGUAAAUAACUGGAUGGACUCCUAGUGUUAGGAUGGUGGUUGCUUGAGAUGUCCAAGAAUAAGAAGCCAAGGCCAGUGUUGGGGCCCACAAGAUUGCUUUUCUGCCUUUUACACCCACAUAUCUGGUCUGGCAUAGUGUCGGACCUCUUGAAAUGACAAUAAAUUUUGGAAUUGGAUACCCUCA